AUGCCUGAAGCAACUCAUGUAGUCCGAAUUUUACUCAGUGUCUUGGGUUUGAUCGGGUUGAUCACAAACGCCAGUGUAUUUGUUGCCCUCCUGCGUGUCCAGUUAGGCUCGCACGUGACCAAUGUGUUAUUCCGCAGUCAGUGCAUUUUUGACGGACUCGGUUGUUUAACCAUGCUACUGCGUCAGAUCAUCGGGGAUCGGAUCAAUACCGGUUUGUCUGAGUUGGAUGAAGUGUUGUGUUAUAUUUGGCAUCAGGAUAACUUUUUCUGGAUCGGUCCAAUGCUCGCUGCGGGCAAUUUGACUUGUAUCUGUUGGGAUAGACUGACAGCAUUGUUUCGACCAGUGUACUAUCGACAGCACCAACGACGUUUGAUUGGCAUGUUCAUUUGCUAUACUGUGCUUACGUUUCUCCUGGUCUAUGUGCCACAGUUUCUUCGACGACAAUACAAAAAUGGACAGUGUCGUUUUUCCCUAGUCUUGGAGCAUCCAGUCACACAUGUGAUAGCCAAUAUACAGGCCUUUUUGGUUCUCAUCAUUCUACACGUGUUCCCGGCUGUAUGCCUGCUCACUUCACACGCAUUCAUCAUCUGGAAAAUACGUCGAUUGAAAAUGAGAGAAAAACGCAUAUCGCAAACCACGACAACAGUGGUCACAACCGGUGACAGUCAACCCCGAUAUAGACGUAGUGUUUCACGACUUGUGUGGACCACAGCCACACUGAGUGUGAUCUACUUUGUGUGUCACUCAUUCGAUUCCCUUAACUACGCUCUGGCUGUGGCCGGAAUUUCCGAUUACAAGGCUGGUUCCCCGUGUCAACAGGCCGGACUGGCUCCGAUUGUGUUCUGUUGUGCCAUCAAUCCAUGUGUUCUGGUCAAUAUGAGCAAGCCGGUUCGUAAAGCGUUUCUAAGUAUGCGUGCUAAUCCGGAGUUCAUGAUCACCUUCUCAAAAGCACAGUCACGUGAUCGGACACAAAUGCAACUGAUCAAACCCCGGCCUGACUGUGAUGCAAUUCGAUGA